AAGGGCAGAAAUCGUGAACUUUGCUGACCCCUGAUGUGAGGAGCUCAAGCGGGACCAAGGGUGGAGCCUGGCUAGUUUGCAUCGUGAAGCUAUGGGCCAGGGGGCCAUGGUGACCUGACAUCAAUGGACUCUGUCCAGUUGCCCCCUGUUGCCCCUUCUACCUCCCCUACCCUACACUGAGAGAACUUGUCUCCACCUCUUUAGGGAACUGACCCUGAGGGAAUCCUUUUCCCCUAUUUUCCUAUCUGUCCAUCCUUCCACCCUCCCAAGAGAGCCCUAACCUAUACAGCUCCUACCUCCCUUCCCUCGAGGUAACCCCCACCCCUCCCUUCCCUCCCCUCCCCCGCCAUGCUCAAGCUGUGGAAGGUGGCACGCCCAGCUCGACAGCUGGAACUGCAUCGCCUCAUACUGUUGCUAAUCGCUUUCAGUCUGGGCUCCAUGGGCUUCCUUGCUUACUACGUAUCCACCAGCCCCAAGGCCAAGGAACCCUUGCCCCUGCCCUUGGGAGACUGCAGCAGUGGUGGGGUAGCUGGCCCUGGCCCUGUACGGCCUCCAGUCCCUCCUCGGCCUCCCAGGCCUCCAGAGACAGUUCGAACUGAACCUGUGGUCCUUGUGUUUGUGGAGAGUGCAUACUCACAGCUGGGGCAGGAGAUUGUGGCCAUCUUGGAGUCUAGCCGUUUUCGUUAUAGCACUGAGCUGGCACCUGGCCGAGGGGACAUGCCCACACUGACUGAUCAUGGUCGUGGCCGCUUUGUCUUGGUCAUUUAUGAGAACCUGCUCAAGUAUGUCAAUCUGGAUGCCUGGAGUCGGGAACGGCUAGAUCGGUACUGUGUGGAGUAUGGUGUGGGCAUUAUUGGCUUUUUCCGAGCCCAUGAGCAUAGCCUAGUGAGUGCCCAGCUCAAGGGCUUUCCCCUUUUUCUAUACUCAAACCUGGGGCUCCGGGACUACCAAGUGAAUCCUUCUGCCCCGCUACUGCAUCUCACACGCCCCAGCCGCCUGGAGCCGGGGCCAUUGCCUGGUGAUGACUGGACCGUCUUUCAAUCCAAUCAUAGCACCUAUGAACCAGUGCUUCUUGCCAGCCUUCAGUCAGCUGAGCCUCCUGUGCCAGGAUCAGUGCCUCGCCGGGCGCGGCUUCCCACUGUGGUACAAGAUCUAGGACUUCAUGAUGGCAUCCAGCGGGUGCUCUUUGGCCACGGCCUCUCCUUCUGGCUCCACAAACUUGUUUUUGUUGAUGCUGUUGCAUACCUCACUGGCAAGCGACUUUGCCUGGACCUUGACCGCUACAUCUUGGUAGACAUUGAUGACAUCUUUGUGGGCAAGGAAGGUACCCGCAUGAAGGUGGCUGAUGUUGAGGCUCUGCUGACCACCCAGAACAAACUCAGGACCUUAGUCCCCAACUUCACCUUCAACUUGGGCUUCUCGGGCAAGUUCUAUCAUACUGGGACAGAGGAGGAGGAUGCAGGGGAUGACAUGCUGCUGAAGCACCGCAGAGAGUUCUGGUGGUUCCCUCACAUGUGGAGCCACAUGCAGCCACAUCUGUUCCACAAUCGCUCCGUGCUGGCUGACCAAAUGAGGCUCAACAAACAGUUUGCUUUGGAGCAUGGGAUUCCCACGGAUCUGGGGUAUGCUGUGGCCCCCCACCACUCGGGUGUGUACCCCGUCCACACGCAGCUCUAUGAGGCCUGGAAAUCUGUGUGGGGCAUCCAGGUGACCAGCACUGAGGAGUAUCCUCAUCUCCGCCCUGCCCGCUACCGCCGUGGCUUCAUUCACAAUGGCAUUAUGGUGCUGCCACGGCAGACAUGUGGCCUCUUCACUCACACAAUCUUCUAUAAUGAGUAUCCUGGAGGCUCGCGUGAACUAGACCGGAGCAUCCGAGGUGGAGAGCUCUUUCUGACAGUACUGCUUAAUCCGAUCAGCAUAUUUAUGACCCAUCUGUCCAAUUAUGGAAAUGAUCGACUAGGCCUGUACACCUUUGAGAGCCUGGUGCGCUUUCUCCAGUGCUGGACUCGGCUGCGCCUACAGACCCUUCCUCCUGUCCCCCUUGCACAAAAGUACUUUGAACUCUUCCCUCAAGAGCGAAGCCCUCUUUGGCAGAAUCCCUGUGACGACAAGAGGCACAAAGAUAUCUGGUCCAAGGAGAAAACCUGUGAUCGGCUCCCCAAGUUCCUCAUCGUGGGACCCCAGAAGACAGGGACCACAGCUAUUCACUUCUUCCUGAGCUUGCACCCAGCUGUGACCAGCAGCUUCCCUAGUCCCAGCACCUUUGAGGAGAUUCAGUUCUUCAAUGGCCCUAAUUACCAUAAGGGCAUUGACUGGUACAUGGAAUUCUUCCCUGUCCCUUCCAAUGCUAGCACUGACUUCCUGUUUGAAAAAAGUGCCACCUACUUUGACUCAGAAGUUGUACCACGGCGGGGGGCUGCCCUCCUCCCACGAGCCAAGAUCAUCACUGUGCUCACUAACCCUGCUGACAGGGCCUACUCCUGGUACCAGCACCAGCGAGCACAUGGAGACCCAGCCGCUCUGAACUAUACCUUCUACCAGGUGAUUUCAGCCUCCUCCCAGGCCCCUCUGGCACUUCGCUCCUUGCAAAACCGCUGUCUUGUCCCUGGCUACUAUUCUACCCAUCUACAGCGCUGGCUGACUUACUACCCCUCUGGACAGUUGCUGAUUAUGGAUGGAGAAGAGCUGCGUACCAACCCGGCUGCUUCAAUGGAAAACAUCCAAAAGUUCCUGGGUAUCACACCCUUUCGGAACUACACACAGACCCUCAGGUUUGAUGAAGGUAAGGGAUUCUGGUGCCAGGGACUUGAAGGUGGUAAGACUCGCUGUCUAGGCAAGAGCAAAGGUCGGAGGUACCCAGAUAUGGACACUGAAUCCCGCCUUUUCCUUACGGAUUUCUUUCGGAACCACAAUUUAGAGCUGUCGAAGCUCCUGAGCCGGCUUGGUCAGCCAGUACCCUCAUGGCUUCGGGAAGAACUGCAGCAUUCCAGUCUGGGUUAACAGCACAGCCUCUGUACCAGCAGAAAAAAGCCCGGAGAAGGGCCCAUAACGGGGAUUUGAGUUGCCUGGCCCCUUCCCCUUCUACCUCAGUGGCCCCCAGUCCUGGGAUGGCUGAGAAGGGAAGGGCAUCCCUUUCCCAUAGUUCUGGGGUCUGAUAAAGGGGCUUCCCUUGAUAAUCCCACAUUAUGGUACUAGCUCCUUUGACCCAUGGUCUUAGAAGGUAAGGAAUUAGAGGCAGGGUAUAGAGGAAUGUUUUAAUCAAAAGAUUACCCUCGUCAUCCCCCCAGUAUAGCUAUACCUGGCUAUGGGAGGGACCCCCUUACUGUGGGAUUAAUGGGAUCUACCUGUGGCCCGGCCUCCCUAAUGUCAUUCACAUUGAAUGGGGAUGAGGUCCGACAGUGGCUCAUAGAGCUGAGUAUGAGCCCUAGCUGUGGGCUAGAAAUGUCCUUAAUAAACAUCCUUAUUUUUC